UCCUGCUCCCCUCCCUCUCACCUCAGCUCUGUUGGAGGCUUUAUGAAGUUUUUGGUUUGUGUUUGGAGAUGUUUUUGCUGACAGUGUUCCAUCUCUCUCCUCCCCGCAGCAGCUGUCGUUCCAAGGGAGGAGGCAUUACCCUGGCCGAAGGCACGGCUUUCUCUCCAUGCUUCUCUAGAGGUGUUCAGAUGGGAUUAAAGUCCACAUGGAGAUAUGGAAAUGGACCAGGAAUUUACUCUAAAAAGAUGGUCAGCUGGGAUUCGGGUUGCCUUAUCUGCCUGGUGGUGGUCACCAUGGCUGGACUUUCCCUGGCUCGACCUUCAUUUAAUUUAGUUGUUGAAGACACCACGGUGGAACCCGAAGAGCCGCCAACCAAAUACCAAAUCUCUCAGCCAGAUGUUUACUCAGCACUUCCAGGAGAGACGCUUGAGUUGCGCUGUCAAUUGAGAGACGCCGUCAUGAUCAGUUGGACUAAGGAUGGGCUCCCUUUGGGGCCUGACAAUAGGACAGUGAUUAUUGGGGAGUACUUACAAAUUAAGGAUGCCACAGCCAGAGAUUCGGGCCUCUAUGCUUGCACUGCUGUUAGGACCCUAGACAGUGAUACUCUGUACUUCAUUGUAAAUGUUACAGAUGCUCUUUCCUCUGGGGAUGAUGAAGAUGACAAUGAUGGGUCCGAGGACUUUGUGAAUGACAGCAACCAGAUGAGGGCGCCUUACUGGACACACACGGACAAAAUGGAGAAGAGGCUCCACGCCGUGCCGGCCGCCAACACCGUCAAGUUCCGCUGCCCGGCCAUGGGAAACCCAACGCCCACCAUGCGCUGGCUGAAAAACGGGAAGGAGUUCAAGCAGGAGCAUCGCAUUGGUGGCUACAAGGUCCGUAACCAGCACUGGAGCCUCAUCAUGGAGAGCGUGGUGCCGUCGGACAAGGGGAACUACACGUGCAUAGUGGAGAACCAGUACGGGUCCAUCAACCACACCUACCACCUCGACGUGGUUGAGCGCUCCCCGCACCGGCCCAUCCUGCAGGCGGGGCUCCCCGCCAACGCCUCCGCCGUGGUCGGGGGGGAUGUGGAGUUUGUCUGCAAGGUCUACAGUGAUGCCCAGCCCCACAUCCAGUGGAUAAAGCACGUGGAGAGGAACGGCAGUAAAUACGGGCCAGACGGGCUGCCUUAUCUCCAGGUUUUAAAGGCUGCCGGUGUUAACACCACGGACAAAGAAAUUGAGGUUCUCUAUAUACGGAAUGUAACUUUUGAGGAUGCUGGGGAGUAUACAUGCUUGGCGGGUAAUUCUAUUGGGAUAUCCUUUCACACUGCAUGGUUGACAGUUCUGCCAGCUCCUGAGAAAGAAAAGGAAUACCCAGCCUCUCCAGACUACGUGGAAAUAGCAAUUUACUGCAUAGGGGUGUUCCUGAUAGCCUGCAUGGUGCUGACAGUGAUCCUGUGCCGCAUGAAGAACACCACCAAGAAGCCGGAUUUCAGCAGCCAGCCCGCUGUCCACAAGCUGACCAAGCGAAUCCCCCUGCGCAGACAGGUAACAGUGUCGGCCGACUCGAGCUCCUCCAUGAACUCCAACACGCCUCUGGUGAGGAUCACCACCCGCCUCUCCUCCGCCGCUGAUGCCCCCAUGCUGGCAGGAGUCUCGGAGUAUGAGCUGCCAGAAGACCCCAAGUGGGAGUUCCCAAGAGAUAAGCUGACGCUGGGCAAACCCUUGGGAGAAGGUUGCUUUGGCCAAGUGGUCAUGGCUGAAGCGGUGGGGAUUGACAAAGACAGGCCGAAAGAAGCAGUGACCGUGGCAGUGAAGAUGUUGAAAGAUGAUGCCACAGAAAAAGACCUGUCUGAUUUGGUGUCAGAGAUGGAGAUGAUGAAGAUGAUUGGGAAGCAUAAAAAUAUCAUCAAUCUUCUUGGAGCCUGUACCCAGGACGGUCCUUUGUAUGUGAUAGUGGAAUAUGCUUCCAAGGGGAACCUGCGGGAGUACCUGCGAGCGCGCCGCCCGCCCGGCAUGGAGUACUCCUUCGACAUCAACAGGGUGCCCGAGGAGCAGAUGACAUUCAAGGACCUGGUCUCCUGCACCUACCAGCUGGCACGAGGCAUGGAGUACCUGGCUUCCCAAAAAUGCAUCCAUCGAGACUUGGCUGCAAGAAAUGUUUUGGUAACGGAGAACAAUGUCAUGAAAAUAGCAGACUUUGGUUUAGCCAGAGACAUCAACAAUAUAGAUUAUUAUAAAAAGACUACUAAUGGACGGCUUCCAGUAAAGUGGAUGGCUCCAGAAGCUCUGUUUGACAGAGUCUACACACAUCAAAGUGAUGUUUGGUCAUUUGGUGUGUUAAUGUGGGAGAUCUUCACCUUAGGAGGGUCUCCCUACCCAGGAAUCCCAGUGGAGGAACUUUUUAAGCUGCUGAAAGAAGGGCACCGGAUGGAUAAACCUGCCAACUGCACCAACGAGCUCUAUAUGAUGAUGAGAGAUUGCUGGCAUGCUGUGCCUUCUCACAGACCCACUUUCAAACAGUUGGUGGAGGACUUGGAUCGGAUUCUCACUCUCACAACUAAUGAGGAGUAUCUGGACCUCAGUGGACCUCUGGAACAGUAUUCACCCAGCUACCCCGACACGAGGAGCUCGUGUUCCUCGGGGGACGACUCCGUGUUCUCUCCCGACCCGAUGCCUUACGAACCUUGUCUCCCCAAGUACCAGCACAUGAACGGGAGUGUGAAAACAUGAAAAGAGGAGCAAAGAGGCAAGAACAUCAAGCUACCUACCCCAGGCAAAGCAAAAGCUUUUCUCCAGGACCUUCAUGUUUCUGCUUGUACAUAGGAAAUACGGAAAAUAAAAAAAGAGAGAAGAAAGAGGGGAAAAAAAAAAACAAUUUGGAGGAAAGCAGUCAGAACCUACAUAAAGAUUCUCAUCACUUGCAGCUUUCAGAUGUUCCCAAGAAAGAAGAAUGUUUAUGAACUAUGUCUAGAUACCCAUUGCUAUCAAUUUUCUGGCUUCCUGUGAGCUGCAACAGACUUUGUUUGUACAAUGGACCAGUUGGACUUGAGGCGAACUCUGGGUCUGCCUUUCUUGUUUAUUUUGUAAUAUUUGGAGAAAAUAUAUGUUGGCACACACUUACAGAGCACAAAUGCAGUAUAUAGGUGCUGGAUGUAUGUAAAUAUAUUCAAAAAUAUGUAUAAAUAUAUAUUAUAUAUAUUUACAAUGAAUUAUUUUUUGUAUUGAUUUAAAAAAUGGAUGUCCCAAUCCACCUAGCAAAUUAGUCUCUUUUUUAACAGCUAUUUGCUAAAUGCUGUUCUUACACAGAAUUUCUUAAUUUUCACCAUCCAAAGGUGGAAAAUACUUUGCUUUCAGGGAAAAUGGUAUAUCAUUAAUUUAUUAACUAAUUGGUAAUGUACAAAACAGUUAAUCGUUUAUAGGGUUGUUGUGUUUUUGUAAUUUAAAUGGCAUUUCUAUGCAGGCAGCACAGAGGACUAGUAGAUAUAUUGCUCAGACUUUACUAGUUUUCAGAUCUUUAAGAAAAUAAAUAUUUACAGUAUAUAACUAAUUUGUGGGAAUUAAACUUUUGAUUUAUUUGUGUUUAAAAACUGCAGUGUCAGAUGAUUAUUCUUAUCAAAACCAAAUCCUUUAACAAGAAAGUCUUUUUCUUAUAAGGUUCAAAAAGCAGAGUCGUUCCACUCCCCCCAAAAAAAAAAAAAAUAAAGACAAUAAAGGACAUUUUGAAGAAGGUUCUUAAAGUAAGGAAAGGCAUGAGUUGGUCUAUUACCACAGCAGAACAGACUGCUCUAAAAGGAGCUGAGUUUCUACCCUGAGUUGCACAUGCAUCAAAUUAUCUACAAUUCUCUUGCCUCAGUUGCAUAAUAGGUUCCAGACCUUUUGGCCUGGAUCUCUUGCCUUUAUCCCUCUAUUGUAACUUAAGUUAAAAAGAAAUAAGUUGUUUAUAAUGACAGCUUGCCAUAGGAAUAUCAGCAUCUUUUUAGGGGAUUAAUUCAUGCUGACUCCAGUAUUUCUUUCUGAACCAUUCCAUAACAGUAGGUGUAGCACUGGCCUCUGCUAGAAUAUCACUGUUGUUUGCAUCUUUUUUACAGAAUCUUGUAUUUUACUUUCAGAACAUCCACAUUGAUAUGGCCAUGGAAUAUGAAUGCAAAUUUCACUAUUUUAUGUGGUGGUGUGUUUUUGGUUUGGUUUUUUUUUUUAUAAUUUUUUAAUUGGGUAAAAUAAGUCUUAAAAUCUGUUAACUUUUGUACUGACAAUAAAAUGUUUCUACAGAUAUUAAUGUUAAAAUUACAAAAUAAAUGUCAUGCAGCUUAUUUUUCCUAAUCCUUUGUGUCAUACAAAAUGGCUUCCUGAACAUCAAGUGAUGGAACACGUCCAGAAAAGCUUCCUUAAGACCUUAUCAUAGAUCCUAUAUUACAAAGCAAUCCUUUCAGGAAUAAUACUUUUGCCUCUGUCUUGUAAAAUAUCUACUCAUGAAUAGCAUGAGUUAUUUGAGUAAACACAUGUACAGUCUUUGGUGGAAAAUGGCUUGAAGUGUUCAUAAUGUAGACCCAAAGUAUGUUCUUUUUUUAUUUAGGCUGUACUCUUUAAUUAAGUGAGGUUUCUGAUUCAUUCAGGGGAGGCUGGAGGACCAUUUGCAUGGGAGAUUUUUUUUUUAAAUCGUAACAGAUGGAAAGAGGGAAAGAGUUUGGCAUCAUGGCAAGAGUUUAGAAGUUUUCUAUUGUACUUUUUUCUCUUUUUUUUUUAAACUUGGAAGCAGAAAGAAGACACCCCAAAACAGCCUGUGCUUGAGGCAGAACUUUAUGGUCACAUUGCUGCAGGUUAGCCUGGAGAGGGAUGUUGGAUGUGAUCUUCACCAUGUGCUCUGGAAGUGCUCCAGACACCAAACUGUUCCUUGGUUCCUUUCUGCCUCCUUCUGCUCUGACUGAAAAUCCCAUGCCAACCCUAAGAAACUAUUUCUAAAAAAGUUCUUGUUAAAAACUGGUGGUUUUCAAUUCAGAAUUAUCUGAUUGGAAGAUUCCCACUGACUUCACUGGAAACCAUAAUUCCCUUUCCCCACAGCCCCUAUUACAAUCAGCAGCAACGGUGACUACUGUGACAGAAACCACAAUGUUUGUAAUGACACAUGUCUGGUUCUAAGAUUUUUUUUAAAGCCUCUCAGAAGAUCUUGAAUCUUGCUUUGCUUGUAUUGAAAUGGAUUUAACUGCAUCUCUACUACUUUGGUACCUUUUUAAAAUAACAGGAUGAAAACAUGCAGAAAUGUGGUGGAAAGGUGCUGUUAACUAAUGUAAUUUAUUGCCCUAGUUUUGUUUUAAACAGGUGAUUUGGUUUUUUUAUGUUCAUUUUUUACCUCUCAGAGAGUUAGAUUUGCAACUUGGAGGUAUUCCACAGUUCCACAAAUGUUACCUGAAGUCUGUUAUGCUAUUUUCCUAAUUUUAUACUGUAAUCCCUGGAUUAAGUUUUUAUUCUUUCCUGCUAUCUGAAGACUUUCUUCUCCACUGCCUGCUGACUGAUUUCCUUCUGUGGAAACCCUGGCUCUAGGGCAGGGCACAGAAGCCUCAGUUCUGGGGGCAGAAGCAGAAUAUCCUGUGUGUGUGGAGUUGCAAGAGGAAAGUGGGCACCAGAGAAUAAAAUGUGGCACUGAAAUUUGUUCCAAAUCCUACCUUUGGAUCGUUCAUGAGUAGAAGGCUUGAGGAUUUGGGGUUGCUAAAUUUCAGAUUCCUCAUCUGAAAAGAAAGUUGCCAUGAAUUGGAGCAGUGAUGGAGAGUGCAUUUUGUCAGGAAGUGGAUUUACAUGGAUGUGGAUUCUGUGUGUAAUCUGUUCCCUUCAGCACCUCCUUGUUUUUUGUCCCUCUUUAGGUAUUGAUUUGAAUCAACUCUGUGCAAUAAUAUGGGAAAAUAAUGUAGAAAUGAGGUUUCUUACAGCUCAAAUCCAUAAACAAGUUCAUAUUUCCUGUUUUGGAGGGUUUCCACGUUUUUACUGUAUUUAGUAAGUAGCAGGGGUGAUAUAUAUCAGACAAGACUGCAGUUUUUGGCUAUAAUCUACCAAGUAGCACAGGCUGUAUGCAUCAGAUAAGAAUAUAGCUUGUUCUUUUUUUCUGUUGAUGUUAUACCAUCCAAUAUCUGGUUCAUUUUGCCUUUACAAAAGUAAGAGUUCAGCUGUGUUAUGAGUUUCAAAUUUGUCUAAAUACAAAUAAAUCGACUGUUUCUGGAAUUUCUGGAAGCAAAUGAUGAGCAAA